UGCUCUAAACGCUUUUAUAUUUCUUUACGAAGAAGUACUAGUAAGUUUCUUGAAAAAAGCCUUUGAGAGCCAGCUUAUGCAUCGAACCCUACUUAGAUUCAAUUCAACGAAGGCAGACAAAAGCAGAAUUCAUGUCAGUCUAACACAUUACUCAAAUCCAGUCAAUUCAUGUCCAAAUCAAAUUCAAAGGUACUCCGUAUCAAUGCGGAAGUCCAAGGCUCACUGGCAAGGAGAUCCCCAUCGUUCGAGGUCAGUCUUAACCACGACGGUGGAAGUCAACUGGUGCAUGCAACACAUGCACCACGCUUAAUUACUACGCUCGCUCCACCCUCUAUGCUAGCGCGUUUCUACUCCGGCACAGCAUCUCAGCCAGCGACAUGGCGAGACCGGCGUACGCGCACCUCCUCUGCACCACCGUCGCGCUCCUCCUCCUGCUGGCGGUCACCGUGCCGCCGGCGACCGCGGCAGCCACGCAGGGCGGCGCCCUUCUGGCAUGGCAGGCCAGCCUCGGCCACCCAGCCGCGCUGUCCAGCUGGACUCUGGCCACGCCGGUCUGCUCCUCCUGGCUCGGAGUGGCCUGCGACGCCGCUGGCAGCAUCACGUCGCUCAAGCUCCGGGGGUUUGGAGUCGGACUCACCGGCAGGCUCGAUGCGCUCGAUGCCGCGGCGCUCCCGGCUCUGACCAUGCUCGACCUCAACAACAACAACCUCACCGGCUCCAUCCCGGCAAGCUUCUCGCGGCUGCGCUCGCUCAACCUCGGCAGCAACAUGUUCAAUGGCUCCAUCCCGCCGCAGCUCGGUGACCUCUCCGGCCUCGUCGACCUCCGCCUCUACAACAACAACCUCGUCGGCGACAUCCCGCACCAGCUCAGCAGGCUCCCCAGGAUUGUGCACCUCGACCUGGGCAGCAACUACCUCACCAACCCGGACUACAGCAAGUUCUCGCCAAUGCCCACCGUCACCUUCCUGUCGCUCUACCUCAACUACCUCAAUGGCAGCUUCCCGGAGUUCAUCCUCAAGAGCAGCAACAUCACCUACCUGGACCUUUCACAGAACAUUCUCUCCGGCCCGAUACCGGACUCGCUUUCGGAGAGCCUCCCCAGCCUCAUGUACCUCAACCUGUCCGUCAAUGCCCUCUCGGGCCGGAUACCAGCGUCGCUGUCAAAGCUGGGUAAGCUCCAGGACUUGCGGGUUGGCAAUAACAAUCUGACUGGCGGAGUCCCCGAGUUCCUUGGGUCGAUGUCCGAGCUGAGAGCUCUCGAACUCCACAGCAACCAACUUGGUGGAUCGAUCCCGGCCAUUCUUGGCCAGCUCGAAAAGCUACAGCACCUUGACAUCGGGAACGCCGGAUUGGUUUCUAUUAUUCCACAGGAGUUGGGCAAUCUUGGCAAUGUCAAUUUCAUGGACCUGUCCAUGAACCAGCUCACAAGUGUUCUGCCACCAGGGUUGGCCGGGAUGCACCAAAUGUGUGAGUUCAACAUAGCGUCAAACAGACUCGUUGGUCGGAUUCCGCAGGUUUUGUUCACGGACUGGCCAAAGCUCAUAUCAUUCCAAGUGCAGAACAACUCAUUUUCAGGGAAGAUUCCACCGGAGCUCGGCAAGGCAACCAAGCUGAAAUUCUUGUACCUCUUCAGCAACAACCUUGUUGGCUCUAUCCCUGCAGAGCUGGGAGAGCUGGUGAGCCUAGAACAACUGGAUUUGUCGGUGAACUCUCUCACGGGACCGAUCCCCAGCUCGUUCGGCAACCUCAAGCAGCUCAUGAGGUUGGCGCUCUUCUUCAACCAGCUCACCGGCACGAUCCCUCUGGAGAUCGGCAACAUGACGGCGUUGCAAGUCUUGGACCUCAACACCAACAGUUUGGAAGGUGAGCUGCCCGGUACCAUCACAUCGCUCAGGAAUCUCCAAUACCUCGCCCUGUUUGACAACUACUUCAAUGGCACCAUACCGCCGGACCUUGGGAAGGGGCUAAGCUUAACCGAUGUGAGUUUCGCGAACAACAGUUUCUCCGGUGAGCUGCCGCAGAGACUGUGUGAUGGCUUAGCGCUGCAGAACUUCACGGCAAACCACAACAACUUCAGUGGCAGUCUGCCAUCAUGCCUCAAGAAUUGCACAGGGCUGUUCCAGGUGCGGCUGGAAGGCAACCAAUUCACCGGCGACAUCUCUGAGGUGUUCGGCGUCCAUCCCAGCUUGCACUACUUGGAUGUAUCAGGGAAUCAGCUGACUGGGAAGUUGUCGUCUGACUGGUCACAGUGCACCAGUGUUACAUACUUAUUUAUGAAUGAUAAUCAAAUAUCUGGCAAUGUUCAUGCAACCUUCAGCGGAUUGACCUCUCUCCAGUAUCUGAAUCUAUCAAAUAACCAGUUGGCAGGGAAAUUCCCGUCUGUCUGGUCACGGUGCCCCAGUCUUGCACUCUUAAAAAGGAAUGGUAAUCGAAUAUCUGGCAAUAUUCAUGAAACCUUCUGCGGAUUGACCUCUCUCCAGGAACUGGAUCUAUCAAAUAACCAGUUGACAGGGAAGUUCCCGUCUGACUGGUCACAGUGCACCAGUCUUACACUCUUAAAGAUGAACGGUAAUCGAAUAUCUGGCAAUAUUCAUGAAACCUUGUGCAGAUUGACCUCACUCCGGGUACUGGAUCUAUCAAAUAACCAAUUCACCGGGGAGCUCCCAAGUUGCUGGUGGGAGUUCAAACAUAUGAUUGCUAUGGAUUUGUCCAACAAUAGCUUUUCAGGUGAACUUCCUAUAUCAACGAGCUUGGGCCUUGAACUCCAGUCACUUCGUCUUGCUAACAAUAACUUUCUUGGAGUUUUUCCAUCCGUAAUUGAAACCUGUGGAUUUCUCAGCAUCCUAGAUCUUGGGAGCAACAUGUUCUUUGGUGAUAUCCCCUCGUGGGUCGAAACGAGUGUUCCAUUUCUAGCAGUUCUGAGCCUUCCAUCCAACAACUUCAGUGGUGUUGUUCCACCCGAAUUAUCACAACUUUCUUAUCUGCAAGUCCUGGACCUGUCCAGCAACUCCUUUUCAGGUGAGAUCCUCACGACCGUGGCAAACCAAAACUGCUCUCUCGAGUCGGUCCAUCUUGCCGGCAAUGGCUUUGCAGGCACCUUCCCGCGGUUCCUGCAAGGCUGCAACUCACUGGCCACCCUGGACAUCGGGAACAACCAGUUCUUUGGUGGUAUCCCUACAUGGAUCGGGAGCCAUCUUCCAUUAUUGCAAAUCCUUAGACUUAGGUCAAACAAUUUCACCGGAGAAAUCCCGCCAGAGUUUUCGAGGCUUUCACAUCUUCAGCUGCUCGAUAUGGCCAAUAAUAGCUUGACAGGAUCAAUUCCGGUAGCCUUUGGCAACUUUACAUCCAUGAGGCUUAAUCUUCCCCCAUGGGUCGAACCAAGUUGGAAUUUCCAACUGUCGGUCAACAUAUCCUGGAAGGGCUGUGAACAAACUUUCAAAGAUGGCAUCGGGUUAAUAACAGGUAUCGAUCUAUCAUGCAAUUUACUUGCAGAGAACAUACCGGAUGAGCUAACACACCUGAUAGGUCUCCGGUUUCUGAACUUGUCCAUAAAUGACCUUUCAGGCAGCAUUCCAGAAAGAAUCGGCAGUUUGGAGCUCUUGGAGUUCCUUGACCUCUCAUGCAAUGAACUUUCAGGUCUCAUUCCUCCCAGCAUUUCAGAUCUGCCGUCCCUCAGCAUGCUAAAUCUCUCAAACAACUGCUUGGAGGGCCACAUACCCACCGGGAAUCAGUUGCAGACACUUGCAGAUCCAUCAAUAUAUGGCAACAAUCAGGGACUCUGCGGCUUCCCGUUGAGCGUGUGUGAGCCCACGUUGGGCGAGGGAGCUGAAGGCCACACAAAGCUCAGAGACCUGGGGCUUUGUUACUCUGUGAUUCUUGGCACCGUUUUCGGCUUCUGGCUUUGGUUUGGAGCUCUGUUCUUUCUGGAGCAGUGGAAAUUUUGUUUUCUCCGUUUUGUUGACGGCUUAGAGAUGAAGAUAGUUGUCAGGCGCUAA